AUGGAGUUCCAUUUGCCUAGUGUGCCGAUGAGGAAAAUCCUCUCCUAUCUGGAUGCCUUCAGUUUGCUGCAGAUUGCCCAAGUGAACAAGAGAUGGAAUACAUUUGCCAGCACUGAUGUCCUGUGGAGGAAGUUCUGUCUGAAGAGGUGGUUCUUCUAUGAAGUCGUCACCCUAGAGCUCCUCGGCACAGAGUCAUGGAAGCAGUUCUUCGUUUGCCGAACUCGGCAAGAACGAGCCAAGUCCCGGGCAAAGCCAGAAGAUUUCACUUACAAAGAAAUUCCCGUGGAAAUUGGUUUCCUUGCAGGAGAUCCGAGAAAUGCACAUUAUAUCUCAGGCUGUGGCUUAACAAGAGAUGGGCAAGGCAAGUCGGUUAUCUGCGUGGCGACUUCCGUGAACACUAUUUCCACCUGGGAUCUUCAUAAGGGUGCUGUGACCUGGGUAAGCCCAGUACAGCCCAGCUACAUCAAGAUCUUGGCUACCCUCCCUGAGAUGCACAUUGCGGUCACUGUAGAUAUAGAAUCAACUAUCAAACUGUGGGACUGUCACAACAGGGAAGCCCUGGCCACUAACAACAUGCUCUCUUCCUGUCAAUCACUGAAAGCUGUCUUCACAAAGGAUGGCCCAGUUGUCUUGGCAGGUGAUACCUCGGGUAACCUCUUAAUCUUCAGGAUUCCCGACUUGCACCUCAUUUCCAGAGUCCAUGUAUUCCAAUACGGUAUUAACGAACUCUACUGCUCUCCUCAGAAGAAAUGGGUCUUUCUGAAUAAGAAACACGUAAAAAUCUUGCCAAAGGUGUUUUUCAUGAGCAGCCUACUGAGGACAUCAGAAUUCUCCGCCCCCGCAUCUACCAUUCUCUCGUUUCCAUUAUGCGAAAGAGCCUUCUGGACCCCACAAAGGGAAGACCGGAUAACCCUGAUGUCCAUAAAAGGCUCCAAAAAAAUCGCAACAUUUGCCACGUUUGAUAUCAAGCUGGAAAAGGAAGAGAUCGGGAACAAAAUAAGGGUUAAAGAAUAUGCCAUAGCGAACUUCUCAUUGAAAAAGUUCGAGGACACCCUGGAGUGGAUGGGAGUCAGUGAUAAGAACAUGAUUGUUUGUUCAACUGGGUCCUCACUCUUGAUCUACAGCAUCACAGGUCUCCAUCUGCAGAUAUUUCCUUAUGGCCCAGGAGAGAUCCUGAGACUGUCGGUGGACCCCCUUCAUGUCAUCGUCACAUUUAUCGAUGGCUCUUUGGAGUUGUUCGCAUGGGAAGAAAGAAGCCCGCUGCUCAGGAGGUGUUACCGGCUGUAUAACAAGAGACAUAUGCUGUAUCAACGCUUCGCUAACAAAACGCUAUGUGACGAUGUGAGCAUAGUUCGGGUGAUGACAAAUGUUCCCUCCUCCAGCUUUCUGAUGGUGUACACCUUGAACAACGGCUCUUGA